GGAGGGGAUGGUGAGCUUAUCAUCCACUAUGUUUGAUAUUUUUUCUUUUGACCGCCAGUCCCGUCCAAGCAUGAUAACGUGAACAUAUAUACAAGGAAUCGAUUUCUACGCAUCCUAAAUAACAACCGGCCUUCCUCAAACUCCCGGAUUUCCCAACUAACUGUGAAAAAAAGGAAUCGUCCUCGACAGACGUUGGGGAGAUAGUACCUUUCUUAUUAAGGUAGAAGGUGGUCUCCACAUUACUGCCCCCUUCUCGAGACUUUGCAAGGCAAGAGAAGUCUUCCGUAGCGUGACAGGAACCCGACCGGCUGGCGGCGGGGCGGUUCACUUCUUCACAAUCCUCUGUGAUUACACGGAUUCUCUAAUUCCGCCAUCUCGCCCGCCACAACCACCACUCGCACGGACUGAUACGACACCGCCGCAGAAUUCAUCCACGCAUAGAGGGCCACCGGUGACAACGGCCCCUUACCUUUUCUCGCUUUCAUACGGCCUCGUCUUUUUCUUCCCCAUUCCCUCCUCAAAGUAUUCCUCACCCCCGUCUUCCGUCCGCUUUACGUUUUGUGAUAGGGCAUCGACCAUUCCACGAAAAUCCCUUUCGUUUCCAUUUUGUAUUGCAGAACACCGAUCUAGGCAACGGACCGACGUACGUAUUGACCUUACAUUGUCUAUCUAACUAACCCGACUUCGAGCACCCUUUUUCCGACGCGAUGUCACCAUCGCGUCUACUUCCCAUCUUUAUCGAACCGCCGACGCAUGCUGGCCUCCAGCCCCAUUGGGGUGCGGGGGGCCAAUCGUUCCCCCUAGUACCCAUGUAUCCCCGGGUUUUCCGCCGAGGCGUCGGCGCUUCGGGGUCAUUUGGGGGCGGCGGCGGGAAAAUACCCAUCAAUCCCCAGGUUUUCUGCCGAGGUAUCGUCGCUUUGACGUCCCGCUCUCGCAUGGUGUGCAUCAUCGCUGGCGCUGCUGGCGCAUUUGAGUUGUAGGGGUCCCCAAGAGAUGAGAGACACCCCGCACACUACAGGGUCAUCUUCGCAAUCUUCGCAUGCAUAUCCCAGCAGCAGCCGCUGUAUCCCGCCAGUCGUCCGUGUGGCCGAAAGGUCAAUUCAAACGUAACCCUACAAGAAGACCAAGGCUACGAGUAGAUUUGCGAGAUCAUGUUCACUGUUGUGCUGCUUAUUUUUAGAGGAGACGGCAAGGAAGGGCAAGUUUGCAAGGCAGGUGGUUCAAUACGAAAGCUGUGGUCAAAGACUUGUUCCAAUUGCAUUUUGGGCUAAAGUCAAGCUAUGAUGGAUACUAUGUUACUUUACUUCUUCGUAGAUAUUAAGCGCUACGCGAACUAGGGUGCUUGUUUCCGUGUGUCCGUCUAUGUAGUACGGCUGGGUAGAUGCAGAACGGGUAACCAGAGAGAGGCACGUUUGUCAUCCAUCUCCUGCAACUUCAUGGUAAAUUUUCGACGAACAAGAUCGACCUCGAACCAGUCAACGCCAAUGAUAUGGGGAUGGAGUGUAGACGCAUCGUAGAACGCGUUGUCGUUUGAAGUUGGCGUCUUGUUUGACAGUAGAUGUAACAGAUUUGCGUAUAAUAGGGUAAGAUGUUAUCAUGAACGGAGAAGAAAGGGCUUUUCCAACACGGAGAAGUAGCAUGGAUCAAAUCAUUUGUUGGAUUUCAGCUUUUACAAGAGGACAUCAACGCAGUAGUAUUUUAGCAAGCUUACGAACGCAUGUAGGAUACCAUGAGGAUUGUCAUUGGUUUUAUUUCAAGUUGAAGAGGAGAUAUUUUUACGAUGUAAGUGACAGUAGAAAUAAGUCCUACAUAUGUUUUUUCUUUUUUUGCCUUCCGACAAUUGCAGAUGUACCUCAGAAAACUUUCACUUAAUGUCUCAUACUCUACAUGAAUACUAGAGUUGGAGGUGGAAUAGUUUUUUGUGGUGGUUGCACAAAAGUACCUGCAGUAGGCUCGUGCGUCUGUUACAGAAGAGCGGGGGGCGAGAGGGGGGUGGUAUCCAUCAUCAUUCGCUAGAGGGGGGGGUGGUGUCCAUCAUCAGCUAGCCAGAGGGGUGGUAUCCAUCGUCAGCAAUCAGGGGGGGGUGCUAUCCAUCAUCACCAGCUAGAGAGGGGGGUGGUAUCCAUCAUCAUUCGCUAGAGGGGGGGGUGGUGUCCAUCAUCAGCUAGAGAGGGGGGUGGUAUCCAUCGUCAGCAACCUAGGGGGGGGUGCUAUCAUCAGAGGGGGGGGUGCUAUCCAUCGUCAUCCGCUAGAGAGGAAGAAAAAAACGUUGAAAAAAUCCCCGGCUCUCUAGCUGCUGCUGAUUGUUUGAACAGGACGCUUCCGCCACCGCUUUAGGUAACAGCAACAGCCGCAGCAGCAGAGGCGACACAGCCUCUCGCCCACAAAGAGUGUAGAGAGUUGCACAGCACAGCAGUGGUACGACAUCGUCUAGGAACGAGCGUGAUGUGUUACUGGUCCCGUGCUGUGAUGUAUGUGUGCCUCUCUCCAGAGCAGAGAGAGAGUCAGAGGCCGCUCUCUCCCGCCGCGUCGUAACACAAUAACAACAACCAACCGAUGGACGCACAGAGACCCAAUCAAUAUCUCUCCCCUCGCUUCCUCCGCCGAAAGCUAGCAGCAGCAGUAGUAUAGGGCACACCCUGCUCCCGUCCCGCUCUCGUUGUGUGGUGUGUGCAACACACGCUGGUUGGUUGGACUCCCUCUCUCUCCAGAGAAAAAAAAGCGAAAAAAAGGCCGGCAGCGUUGAACAACAACAACAAACAACUGAGACAACAGCAACAACAUCAUCAGCGAUGAAUGAACCCCAGACCAACCAAACGUUCCCCGCUUCCUUCGCCGUCGCCAACAGCAGUAUGUGUGUGUGUCCCGCCCCCCUUGUCCAUGUCCCCUGUCUCUGUGUAGUGCGUGUCUUGCCAGUAGCAGCAGCAAUGUGUGCAGCACGGCAGUGCGUCGUGGUUUCUUCUGGCGUGCGUGUAGUUUGUUGCCCAGAGAAAAACAAAAUGACGACGCCUCCAGGGGAUGCGUCCAUGUGACAUAUAUAUUUGCACAACCGGUGUGCUAUCUCGAGACACCGACCACGGAUUGCAAAGGUGGCGAGUGGGACAGCUCGGGCAAAAUGUUACUCGUUGUGCGCAAGUUUUAGUUUGCAAUUUGGUGCCGAGAUGGUGAAAUGGGCUCGAGUCUGCUGGGUAUUUAGGGCGCGCGGACACCAGACACCAGACAGCC